ACAGUGUUGUGGUAGUGUGUGUGUGUGUUAAGUUGAGUUCUCUACAGCUGAUGAUCGAUGUUAUUUAGAUAAUGAAAACUUUUAUAAGGGAGAAUACAUUUUAUACACGUUCAGUUUAGGAAGUGAAAAUGAAUUACAACGGGUUAUUCUUGUGUACCGUAGUUGGCCUACUAUUGUUGGAUGGAGUCAAAUGUUUGCAAAAACGCUGCAUCCGGUGUAGGUCUCGUGGUGAACUCGGGACCUGUGGAGACCCAUUUCCAUUUAAUGUGACUGAACCCGAAGCUGAUGCUGGCAUCCAUGUUGUAGCAUGUCCCUCCGGCUGGUGUGCCAAGAUUAUUGAAGGGACUACUGGAACAUAUAGAUCUGAUGACUAUGGGGCAGCAACACAAAGAAUGUGCCUGCAAAGACCUCCAAGUGAUUAUGAGGAGAGGUGUGCAUAUACCUUAUUUAAUCACAAGAAGGUGUACAUGUGUUUCUGUAGUGGAGACCUGUGCAACUCUGCUUAUAGCAUCUCUGCUGUCAAGUUCCCUAUAACAAUGUUAUGUACAAUAUUUGUCACCAUCUAUAUUUUUUUUUUAUAAUCAUUUAGUAAGUCGAAUUGAAUGUGUGAUAAUUUUAAAUACCUUUUGGAAGAAUUUAUAGAGUCAUGGCCACAGUCUAUUAGGGAACAAAAUAUUUUAUUAUAGUUUAGCUAACGGUUGCUAUUACAAUAAUAAUAUGAUGAAAUCAUAAUAAGUAUUAUAAUUUUAUCCUUUUUAAUGUAUUAUAAUUAUAUCCUUUUUGGAUCUUAUGUUUUUUAAUGAAACUUUUAUUAUCUUUUUACAAAUGUAUUUUGAUACUUUGACAAAUAAUAGUGUACAACUUACGAAUCUCAUAUUUAAAUAUUUUCAUAUAUUUUUCAGUUUUCAUCAAAUACUUUGUUUUAUCAAUACAAUCUAUUUAAUUGUUUGUGAGUGAAGUCAACUCAUUAAAGUUAUCUAUCAAGAUAAGGGGUAAAAAAGAUAAGGGUUAAAGUUAAAAACUCAUCAGAGAUAAUUACUUUUCAUUAGACCUUUUGAAUGUAUCUUAUAAAGUUAUCUAUGACAGACACAUGAAUUAGAAAGAAAGAAAACGGUUGAAAUGCAAUUUGAUGGAAAAAAGAAAUCACAAGAUGUAAACGUUAAGUGUGCUGUGUUUGUAGAUAUUCCGUCCUUUUAUACUCAAUUUUAUAAUUAGAUUUAAUGAAACUAUUUUUUAUUAUACUAAGAAAAUCACAGUUAGCAUAAUAAUUACAUGUACUUAAUCAGGAUAUUGAAUACUCUAUGUUAAGAAAUGCAAUAUAGACUGAAAUUGUAAUAAUCAUUAUCACUGCCAUUUUUGAUGAUUUUGAAUUUUUGAUAUGUCCAUUACUCUGAAUGUGUUAAUGUUUGAUGGGUAUGUUAUAUAUGGAAUGCUUUAAGGCACACAGAGCUGUCAAACAAUUACAUUAAUAUAUGUAUAGGGAUCAAAUGUGGUAGUUGGGUAUCUACUCUCUACUACGUAAGUAGGUAGGGUAGAUAAUAGGUAUCUACCUAUUACUAUCUAGUUUAUCACAAGAUCUAUUAAUUAACGUCCAAAACACAGAUAAUGAGGUAUACAUUUAUUAUUAUCAAAUGCGAGUAGAUUAAUUUAUGACUUUCUGUAAACGAGUAUUUUUACAUUUUUACAAGUAAUAAAUAUAUUUGAUUAUU